GGCUUCGGGACAACACAGGGUCGAGUCCACGCUAGUGGGAGCCAAGUCUCCUCAGGAGUUGCUGAGGCUUCGGCUUUGGGACGUUGUGGAGUCCAGUUCACGCUGAUGGGAGCCCCGUCUCCUCAGGACCUGCCGGGAGGUGGUGCAGCUGACAGAAAAGCCUUCACAAUGGCCAAUGCUCAUCCAGGCAUCCAAGAGGCAAUCUGUCCUGGAAAUGGAUCACCCGAUUAGCUCACUGAUCAGGAAUAAUGACCUGAAAUCCACCUGGCCCUCAGGGCAUCCCAUCAAGAGAAGUUUGGUCCAGGACUCCAUAAGCAGCAUCCAGGCACCAGGCAAGAGAUCUGCUCAGAUAUCCACCCUGGCUUGUCUGAACCCACCAAAGAAACCCAGACUGAGUCCCAUCCAAUUUCCCAAGAAGAGCACCCUGAGACCAGAUCUGGGUGUUUUCCAGAAUCUGCAGCCUCCACCCAGUACCACCAGACCUGGGCCAACCGUGGCACCCCAAGUGACCAGGAAGACACCCGCCCAGGUGCAAAGCAUUGACCUCCAGCCUCCACGCAACACAUCUUACCUGAAUACUCUCCAGGCCUACACCAGAGUCCAGCCUCCACCCGUCAAACAUGUUCCAGGCCAGCCUCUCAGGAUGCUGUUCAGGAGAGUAGGCAAAGCCUGGUGGAGCUGCACAUACAUGACAUCUCCCUCUUUGUCUCCUGCUGAGAAGCCAACCCCUCCUGCUCAGAGCCCACCCAUGGGCACGAAGUCUGAGGAGCACUGUGCCCCAGGCCCCUGGAGUGUCCUCUAUGAUGACCUUCAGAUUUCUUCUUCCUCUGAAGAGAGUGAGUGA